UUAGCUGCUGAGUAAGAACUUCUCAGAUAUGGCAGAUGGAACCAAAGCCAUCUUCUCAGCACUUGACGGUGCUAAGACUCAACUCUAUCAUUUCAAGGCAAUCGUGAUCGCUGGUAUGGGGUUCUUUACUGAUGCUUAUGAUCUCUUCUGCAUCACUGCUGUCACCAAGCUUAUUGGUCGCCUAUACUACUUUAACCCUGACCUGCCUAAGGCUGCACCUGGUAAACUUCCAGACGAUGUCAACAACGCAAUAACUGGAGUUGCUUUAUGUGGAACUCUAGUAGGCCAACUCUUCUUUGGGUGGCUAGGGGAUAAGCUCGGUAGGAAGAAAGUUUAUGGGAUAACUCUAGUUACCAUGGUGGGGUGUGCCUUGGCUUCUGGCCUUUCCUUUGGCUCCUCAGCUAAAAGUGUGGUGGCCACUCUCUGCUUCUUCCGUUUUUGGCUCGGAUUUGGCAUUGGAGGGGACUAUCCACUCUCUGCUGUAAUAAUGUCUGAAUAUGCUAAUCAAAAAACCCGAGGAGCAUUCAUUGCUGCUGUCUUCGCAAUGCAAGGCAUGGGAAUUCUGUUUGCAGGAGCUGUAUCCACGAUUGUAUCCAAGGCGUUCAUGAAUGCUUUCGACGCUCCAUCAUUUAGCGAUAAUCACAUCCUAUCUACUCAGCCGGAAGCAGAUUUCGCUUGGCGGAUCGUGCUCAUGCUUGGUGCAGUCCCUGCAGCUUUGACCUUUUAUUGGAGAAUGAAAAUGCCUGAAACUGCUAGGUACACUGCCUUAGUUGAGGGAAACCACAAGAAGGCUGCUGCAGAUAUGGCAAGGGUGCUUGAAUAUGACAUUCACGUAGAAGAAACAGGUUCCAAGGCCGCUGCUAAUCCCACCUCUUCAUACGGACUCUUCUCUGCCGAGUUCUUUAGGAGACAUGGGAUUCACCUUCUCGGUACAACUAGUACCUGGUUCUUAUUAGAUAUUGCCUUCUACAGUCUGCAAUUGACACAGAAAGAUAUCUACCCAGCAAGUGGACUGGUACAUAAGGCCUCCACCAUGAAUGCAUUAGAGGAGAUGUACCAUCUCUCUAAAGCAAUGACCAUUAUUGCACUCGUUGCAACUGUUCCCGGGUACUGGUUCACUGUCUUCUUGAUUGACAGGAUUGGGAGGUACUUAAUACAACUGGGUGGUUUCCUCCUCAUGUCGAUUUGCAUGGCAAUCCUCGGAAUUCAGUAUGGAAAUCUGAGAGGAGAGAAAUCAAAGUGCGGGCCAACUGACAAAACGGAAUACUGCGAUGGCAACCCCAUAUUAUUUGUGGUUCUCUUUGGGCUCGCCCUCUUCUUUGCAAACUUCGGACCCAACAGUACAACCUUCAUAGUUCCAGCAGAGCUAUUCCCUGCGAGAUUUCGCUCAACCUGCCACGGUAUAUCCGCUGCAGCCGGAAAAGCUGGAGCUAUAAUAGGUGCAUUCGUUGUACAGACGUACACGCUAGAUGGGAAUGCAAAGAAUAUCAGGAAGGCAAUUAUAGCACUGGCUGCGGUGAAUUUGGUUGGGUUUUUCUUCUCUUUCUUGGUGCCAGAAACAAAAGGCAGGUCACUGGAGGAGAUCUCUGGAGAGGACAAGGAAAUUGAAGCUGGACGUCCCAAUGAGAAUGGUAGAAACUACCAUGGUAGUGCUGAGACGAUUUAAUUGCCACUUCUCCGCCAUCGCUAGCUAUUAGUACUGCACGCAUGCAUUCAUCAUUAUUUAAUAAGAACAUAAUCGUAUAAUCAUCUCCUUCUUCGUCUUCAACAAUCAAUAAUAAUAAUAAUAAAAAUAAAGGAUGGGAAAUCACAAUUAACGUACUUUCGCAAUGUAACUAAAGGGAGUGUACCAUUGUUGUUACCCAUUCAUAAAGAAAUUUUCUUUUUUCUUCAAGUAAAGCUGCUCUCUCUUCUUAAUUUCUACCAUGUUUGCAGUUUGGCAAUGAACCUGUAAUGCUACUAUGAUACAGCAUGGGUGCGUCAACAUUGUAAAAAUCUUUGUUUGCUUGUUAAACCUACGGGACACUGCUACUGCUAUUUUAAUGUAUAUCUUAUGCCUGAAUUUUAGAUUAAUUUUAUUUCUCUCCUAAAAAUGCUAAACCAUUUUAUAUCCA